AUGGAUAAUGUGGUGUUUCAAACACAGCUUCAUAAUGGAGUACUAAACACACACAACACAUGUAACUCUUCUGAAAUCAAGCGCCGCCAACCUCCCUCCCUCCGCAUCCGGGCUCUAGACGCGGCACAACCCUUCGAUUACGAAACCCGGCUUUCCGAGCAGUUUGAACAGUCCACCAAGCUCAAGAUUGCCAUAAUUGGGUUCGGCAAUUUCGGCCAAUUUCUGGCCAAAGCGUUCGUCCGGCAGGGCCACACCGUGUUAGCCACCUCCCGCCAAAAUUACAGCUCCACCGCCGAAUCACUGGGUGUUUCCUUCUACUCUGACCCACAUGACCUCUGUGAACAACAUCCAGAUAUCAUCCUCAUCUCCACCGCCAUUCUUUCCUUUGAGAAAGUCCUAAAAUCGCUUCCCAUCCAGCGCCUCAGAAGGAAUACUUUGUUCAUUGACGUUUUAUCAGUUAAGGAAUUCCCCAAGAAGGUAUUUCUCGAAACCCUGCCUAAUCAUUUUGAUAUACUCUGCACCCAUCCUAUGUUUGGCCCUGAGAGUGGGAAGCACAGUUGGAAAGAUCUCCCCUUUGUGUAUGAUAAAGUUAGGAUAGGUUCGGAGGAGUCUAGACAAAUAAGGGUUGAGAAAUUCCUGAAUAUUUUCAAAAAAGAAGGUUGCAGGAUGGAGGAAAUGAGCUGUGCAGACCAUGAUAUGGAUGCUGCUGGUUCACAGUUUAUGACUCACACUGUGGGAAGGGUGUUGGAGAAGAUGCAUUUGGCAACUACGCCUAUUAAUACCAAAGGGUACGAGACAUUGUUGAAUUUAGUGGAAAAUACUUCUAGUGAUAGCUUUGAUUUGUACUAUGGAUUGUUUAUGUACAAUAAGAAUGCAUUGGAGCAAUUGGAGAGGUUGGAUUUAGCUUUCCAGAGUUUGAAGAUGGAGUUGUUUGGGCAUUUGCAUAAGAAAUUGAGGAAACAGAUGUUUGGUGAUGAGGGAGAGGAGGUGAGGAGACCGGUAUUGCUGCAGCUGCCCAGGAACGGAGCCGCAUUACCAGCCCCUUCCUCAGACAUUGGUGAAACUAGUACCAACUAG